GGCGACAAAGAGGAAGAAGACGACGACAGUUUGAAAGAUGGCGGCGCACACGCAGAAGAAUAACAAGCCGGGGAAACCCGGAGGAAAAGAGGCUCAGCCUCUGAUUAUCGCCAAAACUCCGGCGGAGGAGCAGCGUCUGAGGCUGGAGAGGCUGAUGCGGAACCCGGAUAAAGCCGCUCCCAUCCCGGACCGGCCCAAAGAGUGGAACCCGCGGGCUCCGCCGGAGUUCGUCCGGGACGUGAUGGGCUCCAGCGCCGGAGCAGGCAGCGGAGAGUUCCACGUUUACCGACACCUCCGCCGCAGAGAGUACCAGAGACAGGACUUCCUGGACAAGAUAGCAGAUAAACUGGAUGAGGACCAGCAGUACCUGGACAAGGUGGAGAAGAACAAACAGGAGGCGGAGGAACGGACCGCCAAGCGCCGGAAGAAGCGCGAGAAGCUGAAGCAGAAGAAGCUGAUGGCGAAGAAGGCGAAGCUGGAGUCCAAGAACAAGGAGGACGAAGAGGACAAGAGCUCGGACAGCAGCGAGGAGGACAAGGAGGAAGAGGAGGAGAGAGAGGCUGAGGAUGAUGCAGAGGCUCCUAGCUUCAUCAUGGGGAGGAAAUGACGUCCUGUGUGUCUUGCAGGGUGAACGCCAGGACCGGGACUGCUGGGUUUAAUGCCUCUUAGUGACACUGUGGAUGAUCGGACAUGAAGACCAGGAUCACACAACAACUUCUCAUGUGCAUCCAGGUUAAAGAGCCCCGUACAAGAGAAUCUGCUUCCUGUUUUACUGCCAGAAAAAAAUGGAUGGAUGGAUUUCUGAAGGGGCCCUGCGGCCCGAAGUGUCAGGGGGCCCCUGACUUUCACUUACAAAAUGUCAAAUUAACACUUUUUAUUAUUCUUAUUGUGUCUAAUUCACACAGACUGACCAGGAAGAGACUCAAAAUGACCACAGAGUGUCAUGUUCCUAAGUUUCCUAAGUCCACUUUCACGUCUGUGUCUGUUGAUGCCGUUCUGUGAGGCCAUGUCAAAUUACGCUUGUUAUAUGCGUUGUUUCUUUUCAAAUCACACCUCCAUUUUUACAGGAAAUGGACAGUUUCUGCUCGUAUGAUGCAUGCAGUCUUUGUCAGUAAAACACUUCAUAUAUACGUUUAUCUCCUUGUGCAACAAACACAAGGUGGUUAUGUCUGGCAAAAAACAUCAUGGUUUAGCUCAGCAUUCACACAGGAAGUGAACAGCGGCCUCCCAAGUGGAAGUCUGGGGCUUGUCAGAUUCAUCCACCUCCACUCCCACACACCCUGUAGAGACUUUACAGCUCCUUAUAUUACGUUGUUAGCAGCAGUGUUUCAAACUGAAGCCACCCGAUGGCAAAAGGUGCCUUUUUAUGUUCGUGUCUGACGCUGAAAUCACUGACGACAUGGCAAUAUUUGACGACUUGGGAAUCAGAACGGGCUGCAGAGAGACACGAACUCACAGAAAGAUCCAUAACAUGUGCUGUGUGUGUGUAGGAGCAGAGGUGGGGCCCUUUGUGCGUCAUUGCGAUUAUGCUCUCCAUGAUCUCUCUGCAGUGUUUUUCAUGUGUCAGCUGGCAGGGCAGGUGUGCUGUCGUCUUCAGGGCUUCUCGAGUUUGUCAAAAAUUUGUGAUAAUUAUUAAGAACUCUGAUUGAUUUGAAUAGUUUCAAUAAAACUGUGAAUACACACAGACAUCAGGGUGUCGUGCAGUCUGUUCACUAAAUCCUCCUUGUUUUGUCAUCACUGUUAGAGGUCAUGAGGUAAUUUUAGAAAUGCAGCUGUUUGCAUGUCACCCGUCUGUAUUCUGAUUUGAGUCUUUGCAGCCUUGUGAAUCCGCCCCCUGCAGACGACUGUUGCUCGCGGGCACAACGAGGCUGCAGACAGCAACUCAAAGAAUGAAAAGGCGUGGCUCCUGGAGGUUCAGGAGAUUCACGUGCGAUGUUCCUUGGACACAUCUCCUGCUUUCCACGGCGGUGACGGCCUCGCUCUGUAGCCGUCACCUUUCUUGAGGCAGGUAGAGAAACACCUGGCAGUCAGAUAUUGUUUGAGGCAGGUGGAGCUCUUCCUGUCAAACACUGUCAACUGUCACAUUUUUCUUUAACAAACACAACAUUUAGAUUAGAUAUCUGAUGAUACUGAUGACAUGUCGAUAUUUUGCAUCCCUAAAUUAAACUCGUUUACUGAAA